AUGUCGGACGGUGACUUGUUCGCUUCUCCGUUCCUCAACAUCGAUCCUUCGCUUUUAGUGAAUGAUCCGUCCGAUCAGUUUAUCUUCCCAGAAGGAGACAGACACCGAGGUCGUUUCGAGAGAUCCUUUUCUGAGAUAGGCUCAAUGGUUAUUGGCGGUUGUGUUUUUGGAGGAACACGGGCUUUAUAUUCGGCUCUAAAGGAUCCGGAGCUUAUAAAAUUGCCUACAAAAGCCUUACAGCGAACGCAGAUCCUAAAUCACGUUACCAAGUCUGGCGCCUCGUGGGCACAAACGGCUGGGAGCAUCGGUCUUAUCUACGCCAUCUCUGACUUUGUUAUCCACAAACUCCGCGGUGGGGCUGACGAUGAAAUCAAUAUGGUCUCUUCCGCGACAGCUACCGGUCUCCUUUACCGUUCACCUGGAUUGUUUGCUCCCGGCGGUUGGCAACGAUGCCUUCGUGGUGGAGCUUUCGGUUUGACGAUUGGACUUGCGGGAGCCGCCUUCACCAGUUGGGAUCGCAUUAAAGAACUGCUUGGUGCCUAA